AUGUGUUGGGCGGAGAAGUGCUGCUUCUGCGUGAAGAUCAACAUCGGUACCACCAUCAUCGGUAUCGGAAGUUUUAUUAUAUUCUCAAUCUUUGCGGUGACGUCGGCAGUUUUACUCGUGCUAGAAGAUAAAGAGAAGAAGGUAUUGAGGAUGUCCACCAAUUCCACCAAUCCGGUGCAGCACAUCUUCGGAACGGAUCUAAAGAUUAUUUCUAUAAAUGUGAUUCUGGUGACUGUUCUUAUUCUUUCCGUGCUGGCGAUCUUCUUUUCUGUCCUCCUUCUCAUUGGAAUUAUAAAGAAUAGGCCUGGACUUGUAUUGUCUUACUUCAGCUUUGGUAUAAUGACCACGAUACUGAUGCAGCUUGGAUGUUUGCUGCUGUUGAUAAGUAAUUACUGGUACAUUUCCUUGAUAUGGUUCAUCGUCUCCUUAUUCUACAUCCAUUACCUCGUAGUUGUGCACACCGUUUACGAGCUGAUGCAAAGGGGUAAACUGUUUGGUGUUACUGCGACCGAGGGACUGGAAGAGGAACUUUUAAAUUGA